UGGAGUGUCCAAUAAAUAGGAAUAAAUAAUAGAUAGAUAAGUGACAAACAGAAGAAGCAGGCAGGCUGAUAAGUGAUGAGGUGGAACUGAAACUCCCCUCCAUAUCCACUUGUCCACUCUCCUUCUAGAUUCAGUUAAACUUGAAAAUGAGGAGAAGCAGCAGAUUGAUCAACUGGGCUACUCAUACAAGGAGGAGGAGCAGCAAUUACUCAACCUCCUCCGAAGCUGGAAAAUCUCUCAACCUCUACUCUGCCAUCAACCAAGCCCUCCACAUCGCCUUGGCGUCUGAUUCCCGUACUUAUGUAUUUGGAGAAGAUGUGGGCUUCGGUGGGGUCUUCCGUUGUACCACAGGCUUGGCUGAUAGGUUUGGUAAGAAAAGGGUUUUCAAUACCCCUCUUUGUGAACAGGGAAUUAUAGGAUUUGGUAUUGGUCUAGCAGCUAUGGGUAACAGAGCUGUUGCGGAAAUCCAAUUUGCAGACUAUAUUUUCCCCGCUUUUGAUCAGAUUGUCAAUGAAGCUGCAAAAUUUAGAUACCGAAGUGGAAACCAAUUUAACUGUGGAGGCUUAACCAUAAGAGCGCCCUAUGGCGCUGUAGGCCAUGGUGGACAUUACCACUCACAAUCUCCUGAAGCUUUUUUCUGUCAUGCUCCUGGUAUCAAAGUGGUCAUCCCUAGAAGCCCACGACAAGCAAAAGGCUUAUUGCUUUCCUCUAUACGUGAUCCAAACCCUGUUGUGUUUUUUGAACCAAAGUGGUUAUACAGAUUGUCAGUAGAAGAGGUUCCUGAGCACGAUUUCAUGUUGCCGUUAUCAGAAGCUGAGGUAAUACGAGAGGGCAGUGACAUAACGCUUGUUGGGUGGGGAGCUCAACUCUCCAUAAUGGAACAGGCAUGUCUAGAUGCUGAAAAAGAUGGAAUUUCCUGUGAACUGAUAGACCUGCGUACUCUGAUACCUUGGGAUAAGGAGACAGUGGAGGCUUCUGUCAAAAAGACUGGAAGGCUUCUUAUUAGUCAUGAAGCUCCAGUUACAGGAGGAUUUGGUGCCGAAAUAUCUGCUUCAAUUGUUGAAAGUUGCUUCUUGAGGUUAGAAGCACCAGUCUCUAGAGUAUGUGGUCUGGAUACCCCCUUCCCUCUUGUGUUUGAACCCUUCUAUAUGCCCACGAAGAACAAGAUAUUGGAUGCAAUUAAAGCAACUGUAAAUUACUAGUACUGUAAAGAUACAAGCUAGGGAUUAUCGCUCCAUCAUCAUGUUGCAAAUAAAAUAAGAUGGAGUGUGGGAAUAAUGUAGCAGACUAGCAGCAGCCAGUAUGCUGGAGAUUAGGACAGGACCAUGCUUUUACGACAAUAACAGGUACAUAAGUGUACGUAGUGAAUGUAUCGGGGUGGCUUCGAGUGUCGCAACACGCAUAAGAGACCCCUUACAGCAUUGCCCAAAGAGCCCGCCGUGUCUUUAGAGAUGAGCAAGACUGGCUAUGCACCUAAUUGACCAAAAUCAUCAAUCACUUGCAAAUUUGCAUACUUCAAUUUGUGCAUGGUUGGUCUGAAACCCCUUGUGAGAGAAACUCAUUAUCAUUUGAAGUCUGAUGCUGCUUUUCUACUACUGUUGAGAAAGGAAAAGAGAAAAUUAAAACUCGUGAUGCUCAUGAGGCAUCAUGAGGGUGUGCCUUGGGCCGAGUUGCACAUGGUGCUGGUUUGCUCAGAAAGAAUUUUGAAUCAUCAUGUUGUUUUGGACUUUCACCCGAAGAACAUUUUAUGCAUGAUUUAAUUUCCCAUUUUAACACGUGAAGGCACAAGAUUGUUACAAACCACCGGAUCAAGGCACAUGAUUAAUGAGAACGUUUCAC